ACAUUUUCUGCAAUCUUUAAAAGAAAUUGAUGUGACAAGAAGAAAGAAUUUUGAAGAAGCAAGAAAGGUUAUAUGAGGAGUUUGGUGUAUAGGAAGAUGUGGUGGGUUGUACAUCGACGGAUGAGCAAGAGGAACUUAAAUCGUGAUUGUGAGAAUAAGAGGAUAUGUGAUUUGGGGAAAGACUUGGAGGAGAUACUAAAGGGGAGGCUCGAGACGAUAGAAGAGGAACCGGAAGUAGAAGAGCGAGAGCGGUUAGGAGACUCGCAGAUUCGGAAGCCAAUGUUGGCUAGUAUGAAAACUCUUUCCCUAGUUAUAGCUCCUUUGUUUUUCUUUUUUCUUACGAUUCUUGCAUCCACCGAGCCACCACACCUCAUAUUGAGACAUGACAACUACAACCAAACCGAUCUCAUCUCUGCCUUGGCCGACAUGAGAAGGCAAUCUUACAACGGUUUUGUCAUCCUUCUCCGUUUCCUCAACGAUACAAAUUACUUCAGGAACACAGAUAUUACUUUCUUGAUGCCUAGCGACAACGAUAUUUCUCAUGCAGACAUUACUCCGGAGAAUCUUGAGACAUUUAUCCUAAAACAUACGAUCCCUGCUUGGCUUAUGAUCAACCACAUGCUUCAUUUUCCAAACAGAACUCUUGUUCCUUGUAGCCUCUCUGAUAAAAUGUUCACCAUCACAAAAUCUGGAGGGUCCGGGAUUUAUGUGAACAAUGCGAGGAUUGUUACUCCAAAUGUUUGUCAGAAUUCUCGUAUAUCUUGCCAUGGAAUCAGUGACGUUAUUACAUUCAACCAAAACUCUAUGUCAACGAAAAUGUUAUCAUCAGUUCGUCGAAACAUCACUUCGUUGAAGCAUUGAAGAUCUUUCUUUGUCCCAUAAGAUUUGGAGGAUGUGAGAUUAUCUUCUAAUGCUUCCAAAAUAAGUGUUAUAGAUUUAUCAAAGUCAUGUACAAGUUGAAGUGUGUCAAUUUUACUUUAGACUAUGUUGUUGUAAACUUUUAUUUCCAAAGAUAAUGGUGUAAUAUAAUUCACCCUCUAAG